AUGUCCAAUCCCUUCCACCGUGCUGUUGUUAUUAUUGCUUGGUGGGAUGCAGGGGACUUUGAACAGGUCAAACCACUAUCGAUCAAGUAUGGGCUUGGUAUACCAGACCAUGAUACUGAAGGGAGGGUUGUGACUGUAGAGUUUGAUAACUUCUACCUGUUAACUGCUUAUGUACCAAACUCUGGUGAUGGUCUAAAAAGAUUGACUUACAGGGUCACAGAGUGGGAUCCAUCCCUUGGUAACUACAUGAAAGAAUUAGAGAAAUCGAAGCCUGUCAUACUAACUGGUAAUCUUAAUUGUGCGCAUCAGGAGAUUGAUAUACAUGACCCUGCUGGAAAUCGUAGAAGUGCAGGCUUCACAAACGUGGAAAGAGAAUCAUUUGGGACCAAUUUUUUGUCCAAAGGGUUUGUGCUGUACAUGACGAAUUUGUGA